GUGUGUCAGGGGAGGGGGGAAUAGCAGCUCUCUCCCAAAGAUGGUUCAAACCCUCGUCUGCCGGCCCCAAAUGACUCUUCCAAGCUCACCUUCCAAGGCUGCUCGGCUCAAUCUCCACCGUCCGUCACCAAAUUUCCGGCCAUCACCGCCGCUGCACCACCGCCGGCCGCUCUUGCCGCUGGUCCUCCGGCCACCCAUUCCCUCUUCCAGGAUCAGUAGUUCAUUGGCAUUCGACUUCAAAGCUGGCAAAGGAAUGAGAGAAUUUCAUGAUGUCGAGCUCAAAGUCCGGGAUUACGAAUUGGAUCAAUAUGGUGUUGUAAACAAUGCUAUCUAUGCAAGUUACUGCCAACAUGGUCGCCAUGAACUGUUGGAAAAGAUUGGUGUGAGCGCAGAUGCAAUAGCCCGCAAUGGUGAUGCCUUAGCACUGUCAGAGCUGUCACUCAAGUUCCUUGGACCAUUACGAAGUGGAGACAGGUUUGUUGUCAAGGUAAGGAUAUCCGACUCUUCGGCUGCUCGACUAUUCUUCGAACACUUAAUCUUCAAGCUACCGAAUGAAGAGCCCAUUCUGGAAGCAAGGGGCACAGCUGUUUGGCUCGACAAGAACUACCGUCCUGUCCGUAUUCCUCCGGAGAUCAGAUCAAAGUUUGUUCAGUUUCUUCGUCACGAGGAAUGACUUCUCUGGUGUGGGAAUUCAACAAAAAGAGCUAGUAUUUCGCUGAAUACUCGGAAUACCUUUCAAAUCAACUACAUUGAAAUAGAAAAUGUUACUUCUAGAUUCCCCAGUUUUCUUUAAGUUUGACUUAAUAUAAAAACCGUCUGAUGUGGUAUUAAUUGGAAAACUGAACCCAUAGAAAUCAACCACCCCGGGUGGUAGCCAAGAUGGCAAUAUGGAUUACUCCAUUGGGUUUGGCUCUCAUGUGGUCAUGGGUUCCAGGUGUGCCGACGGCCCCUCGCUCCCGUUUGAAUCCUAUGAUCUGCUUAUUGUCUUGUUCGGCCUUGGCCCUUGGGGCAGUGUGUAACCAUGGGUUUCGGGUCUCCUUCAAGGGUCCCCGCCACGGGUUUGGAGUCCCUACGGUCGGUCACGCCCGAGGAGGUUAGCUAAGCCUGGUGGCCCCCUCAUCUAUCCUUUUUCCUUAGCGGGGGGGGAAGAAAAAACAGUUUGUAGAAAUAGCUCGUAUUACUUUGUUGACUUUACAAGCUUGUAAUUUUCUGGACGUAGCAGAUAAUGAGAGGCAAUGUUUUGGAUU